CGGAGCGUGCGCAGAAGGCGUCGGAGGCGCAUGCUCUGUGGAGGUUCCGGCUCGGCGGCCCGGCGUCCGCGCUAGCCUCUGUGGCCGGCGAAGUCCUGGCGGGGCCUCGGGCAUGGCGGCAAGCCUGUGGAUGGGCGACCUGGAACCCUACAUGGAUGAGAACUUCAUCUCCAGAGCCUUUGCCACCAUGGGGGAGACCGUGAUGAGCGUCAAAAUUAUCCGAAACCGCCUCACUGGGAUCCCAGCUGGCUACUGCUUUGUAGAAUUCGCAGAUUUGGCCACAGCUGAGAAGUGUUUGCAUAAAAUCAACGGGAAACCCCUUCCAGGAGCCACACCUGCAAAACGUUUUAAACUGAACUAUGCCACUUAUGGGAAACAGCCAGAUAACAGCCCCGAGUACUCCCUCUUUGUGGGGGACCUGACCCCAGAUGUGGAUGAUGGCAUGCUGUAUGAAUUCUUCGUCAAAGUCUACCCUUCCUGUCGGGGAGGCAAGGUGGUUUUGGACCAGACAGGAGUGUCUAAGGGCUAUGGUUUUGUGAAAUUCACAGAUGAGCUGGAACAGAAGCGAGCCCUGACAGAGUGCCAGGGAGCAGUUGGACUGGGGUCUAAACCAGUGCGUCUGAGUGUGGCGAUCCCUAAAGCGAGCCGUGUGAAGCCAGUGGAAUAUAGUCAAAUGUACAGUUACAGCUACAACCAGUAUUACCAGCAGUACCAGAACUACUAUGCCCAGUGGGGCUAUGACCAGAACACAGGCAGCUACAGCUACAGUUAUCCCCAGUAUGGCUAUACCCAGAGCACCAUGCAGACAUACGAAGAAGUUGGAGAUGAUGCAUUGGAAGACCCCAUGCCACAGCUGGAUGUGACUGAGGCCAACAAGGAGUUCAUGGAGCAGAGCGAGGAGCUGUACGACGCGCUGAUGGACUGCCACUGGCAGCCCCUGGACACAGUGUCUUCAGAGAUCCCCGCCGUGAUGUAGCCAGGACAAGACACAAGCCAGAGUGGGCUUUGUGAGGGAGCUAAGAGACUCCUUUUUUAAAAAAAGAUUACUUCAAGAACUUUUACCUUUUUUGAAAUUUGUAAGAUUUUAGUAAUCAACUGUUUCCUGAAAUUAUGAAUACUUCCUGGGAUACUGCUGCCUUCAUUUGAGCCAUUUGAGUUUGAAAAUGAAGGGACCAGCUGUUAGGAGAGGGAUGAAUGAGGUUCCAUUUUAUCUCUGAACAAUAAUCAUUUAUCCAGGUAGGGUUGUCUACACUCCUGGGGAUUAAGGAUUAACCACCAAAGUUACUAAAACCAACUUCUUAGGUGACAGGCACAUUACUCCUUAAGGUUCUCUUGAGGUCAGAGUGCAUGGACUGCCUGCAGGAAUGGUGCCAAAUGGUGGGCAAUUAUCUGCUUUCAGGUAUUCCCCUCCCCCAAUAAACUUGCUUCCAGUCUGGUGGCUAGGCAGAGUUCAUUAUUCAGACUGGGGUGGAAGUGGCCCAUUGAGAGACGUGUUGGGGCCAGCUUAAUCUAGACCAAAAGUCCUGGAUUGUUUUAGGUAAAGCCUGUACCAUCUGUGCCAAGCCCACCUGUUAGUAGAUAUUAAUCCAUUUAUAUAUAGGAACCGGUAAUUCAGAAAUAUAACCUGACCAUGAGGUCAACCAUCACCAAACCAUAUUUUGAUACCAACCUUACACAUCUCUGUAUUUAUUUUCCAAAUAAAUUAGGAGAUCCCAUUUAACUUA